UAGCAAGAAUGUUGAGCCUGAGGAGUGGAAUCUUCGCGGGCAGUCUUCUCGGUAGCGGCUCUUGCUUCCAGCGACUUGCGCCCUGUGCCUGUCGCUCUUCGCGAAAGCCUUCUCCGAAAAAGUCCCCGAAGAAUCCACUCAAACUGCAGCCGGACAAUACCUCUGAGGAGCAGAAACGCCUGUCGGCCCUAACGGAGAUGGGAUGUCGAUGUCGUCCCAGGUCACCAAAAGAGCGUUGGUUCUUCACCAAUCAGCGCAUAAUCUUAGCCUUGGCCAUUGCCCUGAAACGUCCCCCCGACUUAGUAUCCGAAUUUCUGCACUCUCUAACCCUGCAGAACUUUGCCAGGAUAAUAAAGCCGCCUGACACCACCGGAGCUUCUUGCAAAGUUCCCUAUGUAAAUUGUUAUGCCUGUGAUAAUUUCAUGAGAAUCUUCGAUAUACAUGGGAACUUGAGGAGUCGCUACAACAAGGACUCUCUCAAGCUACUACUGCGUCUCGUACAGGCGGUUUUAAGACAAGAUUCAUAUAGAGGGCCGGAGCCGCUCGACACAAGUUUUGGCGCCCACCGGGGGACAUUUGUAAGGGACUCGAUAGCUAGGAGGGCUGGCAUUGAUCGAGACUCCAUCGCCCGGCAAAAUGGCAAAAGGCGAUUGAGAAACUCUGAAGCGAGGGCCACCAUAAACCGAACCAAUUUCACUAUAGGUCAAGAGGAGCCCACCAUCGGAGAUCCUGGCUAUGUAUUUGGCUCCAGCCUUGACUUCUCGGACUGGGUUGACCCCAUGUAUACGCCUGAGGACUGGUCCUUUGAUGAUUCGCUGACAUCAGAGCGUUUCAAGCGGCUGGAAAAUUUGCUUAUACAUCUCAAUGAGAAGACCUAUCUGACACGCGACUCGGACCAUCUGAUAACCGCCAUCAGAGACCUUAAGUUGGGUAGAACUGUAACCAAUCCGCCGCAGUAUUCGAAUGACAAGAAAAUCGCCAAGAGAAUUUCCGACUCUUACUACGAAAGGGUUAAGGCAUCUGCUUCAAGGACUCUCUUCAAAAAACGCUCAAGCCAUCAUAUCAGGAAAAGGAAGAAAGACCCUGAAGAGGAUUCGACGAGUCAAAAGGCGUACUCAAACAAACUGUACUACGGCGCACCGCUUCCGGUGCUCAUACACGAACCCUUCGAUCGAGAGAAGCCAUGGACCUGGCUGCGCCGACAUCCCCACCAGAAGCGGUUGGACGACACGGGCCGCGUGACCCAGGGUAGCAUCCGUCGGUACCGGCGCACCACCAUCGAACAGCUUAUGCAGAAGGCCAAGGAGCGCUCCUCGGUGAUCACGGUGAUCUCCACGGACUCGGACAGUACCGAAAAGAAACCGAAAACGCAGCCAAUGUUUGGCAUUAAAAUGGCCAGGAGAUAAACGUCUUCAUUCUGCCUAUACCCAAGUCUAGAUUUUUGUAAUUCCGUUCCUUAAUGAAAAUAUGUAGCUAAAUAAUCAUAGAUUCUGAUGAAUAUCUAAUAUAACUUAUAUAGCAAGGAUAGGGGUGUUUAAAAUCUUGAAUUAUAAUAUAUUUUGGAAUCAUCAUUACAGUA